CCGACGCGUGGGCGGGUCCAACUUUUCACGCUAAAGGUAGACUUGUCUUCGGUCCACACGUUAGCCACGAAUAAGAUGGCAACGGUUUUGGCUGAUGUGUUUGCGGAAGAUUCCGAAAACGACCGAACAUUUUACGGCUUCUCGGACAGUGAGCUCAAGAAUUUAAGUUUGGAAGAUGAGGCUGAGUUUGAUCUUUCACCCAAGAAGCAGGAAUCUAAAGCACCCUCUAGAAACCAGCCCUUCAGGCUGAGAGUGGCACUGCGCUCCACCCGCUCCACCCCCUCCACCUUGCAAUCCAGUGAGGAGGACAAGGAUGAUGAGGUGCAAGAGGAAGAAACCUCAGCACAGAAGGCAAGAAAGACUAGUAAGGCAAGAAGAGGGACACGUGUUAAAUUUGAAGAUGAGACGGCGUUGGCUGCUCCGCCUCCUCGUGAAAAUCCUAGAUUCGAUUCAGGGGACGAGUCGGCUUCUUUCCUGGCGAAGAGGGAGCAGAACAUCAAGGCCAACAAAGCAAUGCUGGCUCAACUGAUGGCAGACCUGCAGAAAAUGCCAGGAGGUGCAGGGAUCCUGAAAAAACAAGCAGACAAACAGAAGAAGAAAGAGAGAAGACAUCGUCCACCAAACUCUGGUGCAGCUGGAGGCGAAUCCAGGAGGAACCCAGAUCGGGUGUCCCGCAGACAGACCCGCUCGAUGGGAGGAACCGAGGAUCCUGCAGCUGUCAAGGAAGAAGAAAUUGAAUUCAGUUUGGAGGAGGAGUUGUUGGAGGUACAUGUACGCCGAGCCCCACAGCGACGUGGCACUCCACGACCUAACCAGAGCAAACCUCAUUUUGUCCGUCCUGUGGAGGACAUCACAGAGGACGAGCUCCAGCUGGUAGCAGACAACAUGACUGAAAAAGUCUACAACAGUGCCACAGGCUCCACGUGUCAUCAGUGCCGUCAGAAAACUGUCGACACAAAGACGUGCUGUCGGAACGAAGGAUGCCGUGGCAUUCAGGGUCAGUUCUGUGGGCCGUGCCUAAGGAACAGAUAUGGAGAGGACGUCAGGAAGGCGCUGCUGGAUCCGGAGUGGCAGUGCCCUCCCUGUCGAGGCAUUUGCAACUGCAGCUUCUGCCGUCAGCGUGAAGGCCGCUGCCCGACUGGCAUCCUGUUUCCUCUGGCUCAAUACCACGGCUUCUCCGACGUCCACUCCUACCUUACAAGCCUCCGUAACAAAUUGAAGAGUGAGGAUGAUGUGGAGAUGUGACCUCAGCAGCAUUGUUCUGAGUCUUUAUUUUAAAGCAUACACAAUCUGUGAUUCUAAAAUCAAUAAA